AUGGGCAAUACUCCCUCCUCGGAAAGGCUCCGAAAGGCCCCUCACAAGUUGUCCAAGCCGAGACCGCCCAGCCUGGCGUUUGACUUGGCAGAGGAUCUGUCGAGGGAGAGCGAGGGCCUGUCUUCGCCCGCCAGCACUCGAUACUGCCAUAGUUACCUGGCCGGCUCACGCCGCACCACGUCAUAUCAACACUUGCCGUCUCCAUCGCACGACGGCCAUUCUCUGUACCGCCAACCUUCUGUCGCAAGCAUCUCUCCCUCGGCCCCCUGCGAGCCUUGGCGACAGCCCGAGCCCUUCGACACCGUCGUCUGGUGCCAGCUGCACGCCCCGGCCCUUGGGCCGUCCAUCCCCGAUGUCGCCGGCUCCGACAUGAGAGGUCGCCUCAUCAGGACCAGGUCCGUCGUCUACCCAAGCGGCUGCGCUAUGCAGUCGCUGACUCGGGCGUACAGCUUUCAUAGCAAUGCUUAUUCACCAUGCAACCCGCAUGUCCGUGACCGUCGGCGGUACUCUACCAUGGACUCGGUCCGCAGUCCAGAUGGCUACGGUGGACCGCUGGAGAUGGACUUCCCGCUUCCUCACGUGGACGACACCUUUGGCGUCUUUGCUCAAGCUACCGACUCCAACAGCCCCCCUAGCCUCCAAGAGCGUGCCAAAUCGACGUCGUACGUUCCCAUGCGCCGUCGGUCCAUCUAUCAGACUCCCGGAGUCGCCACUCGAGCCGCCAGAGACUAUCCGCCCUUGCCGACCAAGCCUGUUAUCCAAAUCAGUCACCUGACCCCCGCGGUCCACACAUCCGGCGGCUCAUCCAUCUACUCCGACGACCCUGCUUCUCCAAUUUCUUCCAACGGACCUGGGUUGCAGGAGCGAUCCGUGACACCCUGCGACGCUAACUACAGACAGCUGGGGGGCAUCGAGUUUGGUACCUUGCGCAUCACCAACGGCUCUCCUAUCCCGAGUCAUGCCGCCCACAGCGACGAUUGGAACGAACAACUUACGCCACCGCCAGUCAACUCUUCCACGCAGGCCUCUUUCGUAAUAGAGGAGUCCGCAUGGCCGCUGGGGGACAUGGUUGUCGCGAACCCCGACCCAGGGGUCGAGGCGGGACCCAAGUUUCACCUUGGUCAGACGUCACCCAGCCAUACUAGUCCCAACCAAAACACGCCUCGCAAGGGUCACAAUUCUUGGUUACUGGACAAGGACCGGAAACAGGUGGCCGACACGACGCCUUCUCCACCGACCAGCCCUCGGCCAAAUGAAGAAAUAACUUGGAGCAAGGGCCCCAGCGACGCCGAGUUUAUAUCACCCGAAGCCCUGGACGUCCGAACUGAAAUUGCCGCCAACUCUCAACCCAAUGAUAACGAAUCUCCUCGGCCCUCUAGCAAAAGCCAGCACGGUUCCGUCGGGUCUGAUAGCGGCUUCGUUUCGUCCUCGACCUCCUCAAGACAAAGCUCGCAGAGAACCCUGUCCAAAGCAGAUAGCGGAUACAGCUCCAAUUUCUCACUUCGGUCCAUGCGCAGCAAUUCUUCCAAGUCACGCCGAGACGCUGAGAAAGCUAAGCGUGCAUCUGAGCCCGCGCCACCAAAGGACCAAGCACGGCAGCAGUUCCUUGCGGAGGACGAGGAUCCAUAUCACUUGACCAACCACCAGUCGAUGCCGUUGCCCCGGAACGCGUUUGCACUGAUCUCGCGGAUCAACUAG